UUUCAAAUGAUUUCCAAUAUCUUACGAAGAAGUAGAGGUGCCAAGCUGGUCCAAUCCCAGAGCAGGGCUUUUACAACAGCCAAACUUAGAGAGUACUGGAAUGACUUUUCUGACGAUUAUGUCAAAGGAACAGAAUAUUAUACCUUGCCUGUCGGUCUGGAUUUGUAUGCUCUCACAAGUGCUCAUCUUUCAGGGUCUGUGGUUGAGACAGGUGCCGGAUCAGGAACAGCUUCUUCUAUUUUUGCUACUUACAUGCAGAAAGAGAAAUCACACUUUGUAACCUGCGAUCUAUCAGACACUAUGGUUGAGAAAAUGGAGAAAAGAUACUCAUCCCUAGCUUCUAAUUAUGAUUCGAUAAACUACUCAAAACUCACUAGAGGAGAAGCACAAGAUAUGAAUUUCACUGAUUGUGAUACAAACUCUAAGAAUAUUUAUUCAUUAAGAAGCUCUAAUGAAGAUUUACCCUUCAAAGAUAACCAAUUUGAUGCAUAUGUAUCUACUUUUUGCCUCAACAUAGUGAACGAUCCAAUCAAAAUGCUGACGGAAGCACACAGAAUCCUAAAACCACAUGGAAAAGUUGGAGUGUCACUUUGGGGAAGAAGGUCAGAAUCCCCCUACUUCGCUCUCCUUCCCAAGAUUCUUAAGAGAAAUGGGGCUGAAUUCCCAGAACAAAAGUCGUACUUUCAUAUGGAAGGGAAGGUAUGCGAGUUUAUGAACACUGCUGGGUUCAAAGAUAUCAAAAAUGUCCAAAGACUGAUUUAUAUCAACCAAGACUCUGCCAAAGUUUUAAGGUCUCUUAUCAGUUCUCCGUUCUACAGAAAAGUUGCUAAGAUCAACCCUGAAGAAGUCAUAAAUGCUUCAAUUGAAGAGUUUUUAUCAACUUUUGAUGAGAUGUUCACUAAAAAGAACAAGAUGAUUCACUUUGAAGCUGAUAUCUGAGUUGCUACUAAGUAAUCCCAUAGCCAAGUUAUUCAAC